AUGACCUUUAGUACCSAGAAACAGCUGGAGAAGGAUUUGAAUCUGAUGAAGAAGUACUGUUCAGUCAUCAGGGUUAUUGUUCACUCUCAGAUGCGACUGCUGCCCUUAAGGCAGAAGAAGGCUCACAUCAUGGAGGUGCAGCUGAAUGGAGGCAGAGUCGCAGAUAAAGUGGACUGGGCCAAGGAGCACUUGGAGAAAGCCGUGCCCAUAUCCGCAGUGUUUUACCAGGAUGAGAUGAUUGAUGUCAUUGGAGUCAYCAAAGGUCAUGGCUUCAAAGGAGUUACAAGUCGCUGGCACACAAAGAAGCUUCCCAGAAAGACCCACAAGGGGUUGAGAAAGGUGGCCUGCAUUGGUGCCUGGCAUCCUGCACGUGUGGCCUUCACUAUAGCUCGGGCUGGUCAGAAAGGCUAUCAGCACUGCACUGAGAUCAACAAGAAGAUAUUUCGUAUCGGCAGAGGCGUUCACCUCCAGGAUGGAAAGGUGGUGCGCAACAAUGCCUCCACCGGCUACGACCUCAGCSAGAAAACCAUCACUCCAAUGGGGGGUUUUCCUCGCUAUGGUGAUGUAAAUAAUGAUUUUGUCAUGGUGAAAGGCUGCGUUGUUGGUGCUAAAAAACGUGUCCUCACACUCAGAAAGUCCUUGCUCAUGCUCAUGUCACGCAGGGCCAAGGAGACCAUUGAGCUCAAAUUCAUCRACACCACUUCCAAAUUCGGACAUGGGCGCUUCCAAACGGCCCAAGAGAAGAGAGMUUUUAUGGGGCCACUGAAAAAAGAUCCUCUAAAGACAACGCCGCAACCUCUGUCAGAGGAGGCCUGAAAGAAUGGCUUCUGAUAAUCUACUUGCAGAA